CGAAUACUCUUUCCUGGAUCAUUCAUCUUCUUCAGUGAUUAAGAAAAAAAAGCAUCCCAAUAGAUUUUGUUAUAUGCAUAAAGAUCAAAGUUCUGUUAUUUUUUCUGCAAUUCACUUGAUCCUGUUUCCAUCAUAAAAGAAGAGUAAUUUGAUAUUAAGAGUAAUUUGGUCAGAAAUGGAUAACAAUCCACACCAAAACCCACACCCUUAUCACCAUGGAGACCCUCCUCCAAAUCAAGAUCCAUAUGCGCGUCCUCCAUAUCCAUAUCCUUUCAAUCCCCAAUACCCUCAUGCGCCUCGUCUAUAUCCUCCCCCAGGCCACGCUCCUGGUUCAGCUCCCAUGGAUUAUGGGCAUUCUCAUCCUGGACUAAUUCCUUAUCAAUAUGCACACCCGAUUCCUCUAAGUCCUUCCCAACCUACUCUCCAACAUCCUACUGGUUACCACUAUGGUUCAUCUCCUUACCCAUACCACCAAUCCCUAUCUGGUCAUUACCCACCACCUGAAAGUAAUCUGCAAUCUUACUACUCUUAUCAACAACCUUCACAAUAUCCUCCUCCUGAAAGUAAUUCUGAGCUCCACUCCAGACAGAAUAGCUUCUCUGGACAUUACAGGCAGGAUAGCAUGAAUUCCUUAGGAGCAAGUACAGGUAGUGCCGUACCUGUUGCUUAUCCUUCUUUGGACCAUCAAUUGAGUAAUAUGCAUUUGUCUGGAUCCAACUCUUAUCAACAACCUGCUCAAUAUCCUCCUAAUUCUGAGCUCCACUCCAUACAAAAUAGCUUCUCUGGACAUAACAGGCAGGAUGGUUUGAGUUCCGUGGGAGCAAGUACAGGUAGUGCCCUACCUGUUGCUUAUCCACGUUUGGACCAUCAAUUGAGUAAUAUGCAUUUGUCUGGUGCGCAUCAGUCAGCUCCUGCAUCACCACCGGCACCUUCAGUGCUUCCAGUGACUACUGCUACUUCAACACCUGAGCUAGAUAGUCUAGUUUAUGCAAGUAAUGCUAGUAAUUGGGAGGGGCCUAAUUUAGGCCGAGCUGAUUCAGCUAAUCAACCUGCAUUUCCCCGUAAGGAUUCACAAAAUGGCCAGAGUAUGCAGAUUGUACCUUUCCAUAAAGGGUCAUUGAGAGUUUUGCUUCUACAUGGAAAUUUAGAUAUCUGGGUUUUCGAGGCUAAAAAUCUUCCCAACAUGGAUAUGUUCCAUAAGACUUUAGGAGAUAUUUUUGGGAAUCUUUCUGCAAAUAUCUCCAAAAAAGUUGGAGGAAAAGGUGAAGUGAAGAUUACAAGUGAUCCUUAUGUCACAAUCGCAAUUACCGGUGCCGUUAUAGGAAGGACAUAUGUGAUCAGCAAUAGUGAAAACCCUGUCUGGAUGCAACAUUUCUGUGUUCCCGUUGCACAUCAGGCUGCCGAAGUGCAAUUUAUUGUUAAAGACAGUGAUGUAUUGGGGUCAGAGAUCAUCGGAGUCGUAGCAAUUCCAGUUGAGCAGAUAUACUCGGGGCAAAAGAUUGAGGGAAGCUACCCGAUUCUGAAUGAUAAGGGAAAGCCCUGUAAGCCUGGAGCUGUCUUAAGAUUAUCAAUUCAGUACACACCAAUGGAGAAUUUGAGCAUCUAUCGUCAUGGAGUUGGAGCAGGUCCUGAUUAUGUGGGAGUUCCUGGCACAUAUUUUCCUCUUCGGAAGGGUGUAAAAGUGACACUUUAUCAAGAUGCCAACAUCCCUGAUGGGAUUCUUCCAACCAUAAAACUUGACCAUGGGAUGACUUAUGUGCAUGGAAAGUGCUGGAGUGACAUAUUCGAUGCCAUCCGUCAAGCUAGGCGCUUGAUUUACAUUGCAGGGUGGUCAGUUUGGCAUAAAGUUAGGCUGGUACGUGAUGCUAGUCCUGCUUCGGAUUGCACUUUGGGGGAUCUUCUUAGGUCAAAGUCCCAGGAGGGAGUUAGAGUGCUACUUAUGCUAUGGGAUGAUCCUACGUCGAGAAGCAUCUUAGGAUACAAAACGGAUGGAAUAAUGGCAACCCAUGAUGAGGAAACACAUAGGUUUUUCAAACAUUCUUCAGUGCAUGUGUUACUUUGUCCUCGUAUGGCUGGAAAAAGACAUAGUUGGGUCAACCAGAAGGAAGUUGGAACAAUUUAUACACACCAUCAAAAAACUGUAAUUGUGGAUGCUGAUGCUGGGAAAAAUAGUAGAAAAAUUAUUGCUUUUGUUGGUGGCCUUGACUUAUGUGACGGACGAUAUGAUGAUCCACGUCAUCCUCUAUUUAGGAUGCUGCAAACAUUACAUAAGGAUGACUAUCAUAAUCCAACAUAUACGAAUUCCACAGAAGGUUGUCCAAGAGAACCUUGGCAUGACAUGCACAGUAAAAUUGAUGGCCCAGCUGCAUAUGAUGUUCUGGUCAACUUUGAGGAACGAUGGUUGAAGUCUGCCAAGCCUCAUGGACUCAAAAAAUUAAAGAAACCCUUUGAUGAUGCUUUGCUGAGGAUAGAAAGAAUUCCGGACAUUAUGGGAGUUUCUGAUUUUACCAAUUCUGAGAGUGAUCCGGAAGGUUGGCAUGUUCAGAUAUUCCGCUCAAUUGAUUCAAAUUCUGUUAAAGGCUUUCCAAAGGAUCCCAAAGAUGCGACAAGCAAGAAUUUGGUGUGCGGUAAGAAUGUCCUUAUUGAUAUGAGCAUACAUACAGCAUACGUGAAGGCCAUUCGCUCUGCCCAGCAUUUCAUUUAUAUAGAGAAUCAGUAUUUCCUUGGAUCUUCCUUCAAUUGGAGCUCCUAUAAAGACCUAGGUGCUGACAACUUGAUUCCAAUGGAAAUUGCACUUAAGAUUGCCAGUAAAAUUAAAGCAAAAGAGAGGUUUGCUGCUUAUAUUGUUUUGCCAAUGUGGCCAGAGGGUGUUCCAACAGGCGCUGCCACUCAAAGGAUUUUAUUUUGGCAGCAAAAAACUAGGGAAAUGAUGUACGAGACUAUUUACAGGGCUUUGGUGGAGGUGGGACUUGAUGGUGUUUACUCGCCGGAGGACUAUUUGAAUUUCUUCUGUCUUGCCAAUCGUGAGAACGAUGGAUCUCAACCUCCAAGCAAUGAAAGUCCUAGGUCUGCAAACACCCCUGAGUCACUUGGCCGGAAGAGUAGAAGAUUUAUGAUCUAUGUCCAUUCAAAAGGUAUGAUAGUGGAUGAUGAGUAUGUAAUAGUGGGGUCUGCAAACAUCAAUCAACGCUCCAUGGAGGGUACCAGAGACACUGAGAUUGCAAUGGGAGCUUACCAACCUCAAUAUACCUGGGCAGCAAAACAUUCUAGUCCACUCGGACAGGUCUAUGGGUAUAGGAUGUCACUUUGGGCGGAACAUACUGGAGUUGUCGAGGACUGCUUCACUCGACCGGAGAGUCUCGACUGCGUAAGACGGAUAGUUCAAAUAGGUAAGAUGAACUGGAAACAAUUUGCAUCGGAGGAAGUGACAGAGAUGAGAGGGCACUUGGUAAAGUAUCCCGAGGAAGUGGGCCCAAAGGGUAAGAUCAAGCCCCUUCCUGGAUGUGAAACUUUCCCUGAUGUUGGUGGAAACAUUAGCGGCUCAUUUCUUGCCAUACAAGAAAAUCUUACAAUUUAACCUUGAUAUACUACCACCAAAUACGGUGAUUCAGA